GUCAUACCGCUACGUCACGGCCACCCUACGAAAUUGCCGCCAAAACUCGUGGAAUACAUUCGAGUCAGCCCGCUGAAAGUUUGAGCGGCGAUUUAAAAACGAAUAUUGUCUAUGGACACUUUUUUUUUCGACAGGACAGUGUUAUAAGGUUAUACAGCCAAAUGUAAAUUUUUAAAUAGGACUUUUUGGUAAUUUGUUAAGUUUUUGAAUUGGCGGGUGUCGGGUUGAUGUGUGCGAGCGAGAGGGGUGAUAUGGAGAGUCCGGCUGAGGAGACGGGACGGAGCGCACCCCCCGCGCCGCACACCCCCGCCGCACCGCAGCCGAACGGCUCCAAUAAGAUCAUCGGACGUAAUGUGAAUGGAACCAUGGUGGUGACAUCAGCCCCUGCAAACGAGGCUGAGCUGCAACUGUACAGAGUAAUGCAGAGGGCCAGUCUGCUCGCCUACUACGACACACUUCUCGAAAUGGGGGGUGAUGACGUACAGCAGCUCUGUGACGCUGGAGAGGAGGAAUUCCUAGAAAUAAUGGCACUAGUCGGCAUGGCUUCCAAACCCCUCCAUGUGCGACGGCUCCAAAAAGCACUUCAAGAGUGGGUCACCAACCCAGCACUAUUUCAAAUCCCCAUAGUACCUAACCUUUGUCCUACUGAAAACCCAUUCAUGCAAUGUAACCAAAGAUUAUUAAAUAUGCCCCCUACAAUCCCAUCCGUCUUGCCACGCACUGUAGCGUCCCCGGAAAAUAACAGGCCAAUGUAUAGUCCAUCGCCUGGAGCUCCAGAGAACAGUUGUGGUUCUAACGCAUCAGCACCCAACGCAAGCCCAGUCCAUCAAACAACCACUUUCACCAAAAUUGUCCUACCGUCCUCCCCUGCGCCAGCUACCCCAGUCACAUCAACAGCUUCUAGAUCAUUCUCACCGCAAAGUGCCUGUCCACCAGCCUCAGCUGGGUCUAGUCCGAGUUCUGUGACGUCACCGGUCCAGCUCACGCCAGUACUUCUAGAUGUUCACGUACAAAAGUUAGCGGUAGCUGCGGAGAAAUUGAGUAAACAUUUACCACAGUUGGAACCAAAGCCGCAAAACACGAAAAAGAAGAUGUGCAAAGAUCUGGAACUGGUGAUGAUGAUGCCUGAAUCGGAUCCACGGAGGAUGGAGGAGAUUAGGAAAUACGCAGCGAUAUACGGCAGGUUUGACUGUAAAAGAAAACCCGAGAAGCCGUUGACGUUACAUGAGGUGCUGGUGAACGAGGCGGCGGCGCAGCUGUGCGGGCGCGUGCCGGCGCUGCUCACGCGCCGCGACGAGCUGUUCCCGCUCGCGCGCCAGCUCGUGCGCCGCGCCGGCCUGCACUACUCCAAGCACGGACUACCUCCCUCGGCGUCUGUGUGCGAGGACCGCGACCGUGAUGACGAGGAGACGCCGAGCAAACGACCGCGCCAGGAAGGCGAAGAAGGCAAUGGAGUUCGAGCAAGCCCUGACGCAGCUAGGAGCAACUCCAACCAUAGUUGGUGGGGAGUGAAGGCGGAGAGCGACGACGCUGACUCCAGGUGUUCCUACUCCAGCACCAGCACGCCACCACCGAGUGGUUGUGGCGAAGGAAGCGGAGGAGCCGCGGCCGCAGGUGGUGGCGGCGCGCGGCGACAGCAUCAUCGCCGUCGCCAACCCCGCGCUGCCGCGGCCCGCGCGCAACCACUCCAACUGACCGCCCGCACUCGCUGACGCCACGCUCGCCACUCAUACCACGCUCGCCACUCAUACCACGCCCGCCACUCAUACCACGCUCGCCACUCAUACCACGCCCGCCACUCAUACCACGCUCGCCACUCAUACCACGCCCGCCACUCAUACCACGCUCGCCACUCAUACCACGCUUGUCACUUAUACCACGCCCGCCACUCAUACUACGUUCGCCACUCAUACCACGCCCGCCACUCAUACCACGCCCGCCACUCAUACUACGCCCGCGACUCAUACCACGCCCGCCACUCAUACCACGCUCGCCACGCAUACCACGCUCGCCACCUAUACCACUUUCGCCACUCAUACCAUGCUUACCACUCUGUAUUACACGUUAUAUACAGGUUGAAAUAGAAAUCGUUAGCAUCCGUUCGAGGCAGCGUCCUACGUUUUCAACAAACCUCAGGUUCUUAUCUUCCUACCAAGGUGUUUCCUAGAGAUUACAGCGUGGUUUCUUCAAAAAAGACGUAUUAAGGUUUCUUAAGGGUCGACAAUGCGCGUGAGAAAUCCCUGUUGUUACAGGCGUUCAUAUGCAACGGUAACCCUGUUUACCAUCAUACGGGUCGUAUGCUUGUUUACCACCAUAGUAAAAUAAAAAAAGCAACAUGAGUCGAAAUAUGUCCAAUAACUUUGCGCUUUAUUCGUAUAAUACGUGUUCAAUUAUUGAGUUUGUAAGAGAAACUAGAUUUUUUAUUCCUCAUUUGAUGACUAUUUUGUCAUAAUUUAUAGCAUUAGUAGAUUCUAAGUAUUUCUGCUCUACCGGUUUGACUUACAUGUAAUUAAAAAUUCGACUAGUUUUGGGAUCAAUUCGUGAUCCUUAAUCAUAAGCAGCUGCAACGCGAGCGCUAUCUUGACUACGCGCCUCAGUCCGCUGAGCGCGAGCUUCAGUACUUUAGUACUAUUAUGCUGUAGUAUUACUAACGAUUUUUAUUUCAUCCCAUAUAUAGUGUGUUUUUAAUAAAAUAUCCUAAACUUGCAUGAAAUAAUUUUAACAAAAAGUGGAGUCGAUUCUGAAAUAUCAUUUACUAAAGUUAUGUCUAAAAUGAUAACCUUAAUUUAAUAUUUUAACAUCAUUUUUAUGAUAGAAAAUGGUGCUUCAGAAUCGCCAUAACAUAAGAAAAACAUACUACAUAUGUCAUCAUCAUGCCAGCCUUUAACUGUCUACUGCUGAACAUAAGACUCCCCCUUGGGGGGUAUUGCCAGUAAUACCACGCUUGGCAGGCGGUUUGACAACCGCUAGACUUUACAGAUGUUGAAGGACGCUGCUGUCCAUCCCUCGCUCUCCCGUAGUCGCCUUUUACGACAUCCACGGGAAAAAAAGGGGUGGCCUAUUCUAUGCCGGGACCACGCGGCACAUUAUCCAAUUAUUAUUAUGAAUAUUAAAAAUAAUAACUAACAGACUGUAAAAAAAAGUAUAUUAUUAUAUUUUUUUCUAUUACGCCUUGACCAGACACAAUUUUGAUUAUUCCUCUCCAACCUACCUUACCAGAGGGAGACUUUGUACAAAAGUCGAUUGCUUGAGUACCUCUGUCCCAUUCGUGUCUCAACCAUGAAGCAGUUGAGUUUGAAUGGCUGUGUUUCGGUUUGAAGGGUGGGAUAUGGCGUGAAUUUACUGGAUACAGAGGAAUAUCAUCUGAGUCCUCUGGAAUAGCAACGCAUGGGAGGGCGUGUCAUGGACGCAACAGUAUACUCUGUUAUGUCCAUGGUACUGCUAAUGUCUAUGGGCGACGGUUACCAGUUUCCAUCAGGUGGGCCGUCAGCUUGUUUGCCAUUCUAAGUUGUAUAAAAAAAACCUAUGGUUGCCUGGACGAGAUCGCUAUUUAGAGAUAAGGUCGCCAAUUGUCGCCUCUUUAUCUUGCUUCUAUGUAAUUAAUUAUUAAUUUUUCUGUGUACAUAUUGAUAAUCUUUAUAAUCUGUAUCAUUCUUUGAAGGAAACAAAAAGGAGUUUUCAUUCAUUCAUUCAUUAUAAUAUUUAAUUUACAUUUACAAAAUAUUUACACAUCUUCCGUCUCCAUAAUGUACCGACCAGUAGCCAUUGUAAAUUUAGGUGUGCGCGUAAUAUUGUAAAAAUAUUCUUAUAGGAGAGAUACAAUAAGCUUAAGUUACACUCGUAUCUUACAAACUGCUAAUAUAUACUUAGAUGCAGUUACAAAAACAAUUGUAAAUAAAAUAUAUUAAAUGACUAUGUUUGUUUUUAAUUUGUACACUGCAUGCGUUUGAUUUUUUUAUGAUUCUUUUAUAUCUAUUAAUAUUAUCGCAUUGUUUUUACGAAAUAAAUUAAAUUCACUGAGUAUAUGAUAAUACAAUGUAAGUAAUAUAUAUAUUAAAUAUAUUUAUGGCGCCAAAUAUCUACUGCUUUUUCUUCUCUCCUCGACUCAAAGGUUUUCUGGAAGAGAUUAUUUUAGCGAUAAGACCGUCUUUUGUACUUCCUUGUUUUGUAUUUUUUAAGUCGUGCAAAAAAGAAAGUAAGUAAAUAUUAUUUAAUCUGUGACUAUACUCUAUGGUUGAAUAGCAGAUUUACUUAUUUCAUAAUUCUGUUAUUUAUUCGUGUGUAUAAACUGGCAACAUCGAAUAUUUAAGAAUCAUAAACUGUCAAACGCAUUCACUAGCUUUAUAAUGUGUAAAAUAUAAUUUAAUUACUGUAAAUAAUAUACGUGUAAACAUAUAGAUCAUAAUUUGAACAU